UCACUCAUUCAGGGAGCGAGCUGGGAAGCGGAAUUUCGGGCGCCUAGACCUCAGUGCCUUGUGACCACUUGAUUGUUGCCUUUGCGGAUCCAGUCUUCGUCUUAGCCCAAAAUCCCCCAGUCUUAGACGUCGGCCUUCCAGCUCCGUCUGUGCUCACCGUAACCCCAGGAAGCCGCUAGCUCCCGAUGUCUUCUGUCAAGUUGUGGCCCACUGGUGCUCCGGCCUCUCUCGUGCGCCUAGAAGAAUUGAAGAACCCGAAGUUUGUAGGCAAAGGCGGGUUCGGUACUGUGUUCCGUGCAGAACACAGAAAGUGGGGCCAUGAUGUAGCCGUCAAGAUCGUGAACUCGAAGGCGAUCUCCAGGGAGGUGAAGGCUAUGGCGAAUCUGCGGAACCAGCAUGUGCUGCUCCUGCUGGGGGUCACCGAGAAUCUCGAGUGGGACUACGUGUCUGGGCCGGCACUUGUGACGGGGUUCAUGGAGAACGGUUCCCUCGCGGGGCUACUGAAGCCCACGUGCCCUCGGCCCUGGCCUCUCUUCUGUCGCCUGCUACACGAAGUGGUGCUGGGGAUGUGUUACCUGCACAGCUUGGACCCUGUGCUCCUGCACAGGGACCUCAAGCCUUCUAAUGUCCUACUAGACCAAGCGUUCCACGCCAAGCUAGCAGAUUUUGGCCUGUCCACAUUUCAGGGAGGGUCACAGUCAGGGUCAGGCUCCAGGGACUCAGGGGGCACCCUAGCUUACUUGGCCCCAGAGCUGUUGGCUAAUGUGAAUCAGACCGCUUCUCAAGCCAGUGAUGUCUACAGCUUUGGGAUCCUCAUGUGGGCAAUGCUGGCUGGAAAAGAAGCUGAGUUGGAAGGCAAGACCUCACUAGUUUGUGCAGCAGUGUGUGAAAGGGAUAACCGACCUCCGCUGACAGAGCUGCCUCUGGACAGCCCUGAGACUCCUGGCUUGGAAGGACUGAAGGAUUUAAUGGUGCAUUGCUGGAGUUCUGACCCCAAAAAGAGGCCAUCCUUCCAGGAUUGCAGGCCGAAAACCAGCGAUGCUUACAUCCAGGUACAGGACAAGGUAGAUGCUGCAGUCUCUGAGGUAAAGCGCUAUCUAUCUCAGCCCAGAGGCAGCGACAGAACGUCGUCUGCCCCGGCGCCGAGCCAAAGAGGUACAGAAAUGGAUUGCCCAGGGGAAAGCACACUUCCUACAAUGCUGGACCAACUGUAUUUGAAGGAGCCCUCCAGACCAGUUCCUGAAAACCGUGCAAGCUUUACUGAGAAGAGACCACAGGAAGAGCUGACUGGGCGUACCACAGCAGCAGCAGCGCCGCCUUCUGACACAGUGGCUGGAACUCCCCAAAUUCCACACACUUUACCUCUCAGAGACCCAACACCUAGUCCAGUCUUUACUGAGACUUCAGGUCCUGGCCCCCAAAGGAAUGAGGGAAAUGAAAGACGUGGUACUCAUUGGUCCUCUGGGGUCCCAGGGCCAAAUCCAACAGCAGGGACACCUUCUAUUAUCCUCAACAACUGUUCCAAGGUGCAAAUUGGAGAGCACAACGUCAUGUCGUAG